GCGGGAAAGACAACUUGAGCGCACUCGACAACAAACCGCUAUGGCGAAUCCCAAAAUUCAAGAAAUUUUGGGGCUGAUGCAAAAGAACUUAGAAUGUUCUAUUUGCUUGGAACUGUUGAGAAAUCCUGUCGUCACCAGCUGCCACCACCAUUUUUGCAAAUUUUGCAUUACAGAAUUCUUAAUGACAAAAAGAUGUGUUCCAUGUCCUCUGUGUAAACAGCCUGUGUCAAAAAGGAGUCUGCAGGACAAGGCAGAGCUAAAUAACAUUGUAACAAGCAUCCGCAGUCUUAUUUCUGCCUUUCAAGAAGAUGCUGGGUGUACAUUCUCCCCACCGAAAGGGCCUCAGAGUUUCUUUCCUUGCACACCAGAGAUCAUUACUAAAAAGUCAAGACUUAGAAAGACCAAAGUCAAGGAAAGCAGAUCUGAGAGACAUUCAGACCAACCUCAAAAAGAAGACAUUUGCAGUUUACUAGACGAUGACAAAGACACUACUGUAAGGUUAUCGCCGGCUGCAUUGAAAGACAAACAAGGUCUGGUUGAUAUCUCUUCUACUGCAACUGGCACAAAUGGCUGUCCCACUUGGUCAGAAUGUAGAACACAGCGUUCAGAAGAAACCAGCAAUUCUAAUACUGAUAAAAUUGUGCAGUAUUUGAAUGAAGGAUCUUUUGGUUUGACAAGCAAUGUACAAAAUGUUGAUGAAAACAUAUCUGGUAGGCUUAACUUGUGUCAGCUCCGCCAGACAGGAGUAGGAAAAACCAAGUCAAUUGACAGCAAAGAGCAAUCAUCUGAUGCUGUUGAGACAAGGAGUCUGACUGAUGUUUCCAAGGCUUCAGCAAUGAGGUGUGUGAUGGUUCAUGAUAUCCUGGAGAAAGAAAAUAUUGGUUCAGUCACCACAGGAAGUAAACGAAAGAAAAGGGGAAAAGACCACACUGCAAAGGCUGGUCUUCUUGGUUACCCAAACUCUGCACAGGUAGAGAAAUCUUCACAAAAUUCAAGUGACCAGAGUGUGUCGUCCACUCAGCAAUUCCUUCAGCCAAGACCACCAGUGACAAGAACAUACAGCAGGCGUUUGAGCAGAGUGUCCUCUAACUGUAAGGUCAAAAACUGGAUUGCUUCUCUUCCACCUAAUCCUGAUGAAAGUGUGAAAGAGAAUGAGAAUGUGGUUACAGGACUUGUAAAUGAUACAUUAGCCCAAAAUAAUAUUAAAGAAGCAAAUGAUGAGCAUGAUUCAUGUGCAGAAAUGCAAAUUAAAGGUCGUAGAAGGACAAGAAAUUCAUUAAAAAAGGAUCUUGCUGAUAGCUGUAUUACAAAGGAAGUAUAUCGGAAUGUGCAAAAAUGCUCACCUGUUGAUAAUAAGGAUAAAGAGAGUUUUGGAUUUAUGUGUGAAGACUCUGUCCAACCUAAACAUGAAGAUGUCUCCAAGAUUCCUUUGCCUUGUGAAUUUGAGAAAUAUGGUGAUGGGGAAAGCUCUAUAAUUGACCAAGUACCAGUAAAUGCCAAAGAGCCAGAUGCCUUGCCAGAGAACUCUGUUGACAAACCAGAACCAGUCCUAGUGAGUCCACCAAGAUCUCGGAGGAUUUUUAAGAAAAAAGAAUCCUUUGCUCAGCUAACACUCCCUGCUUCAGAUGACCCAUACCUGUUUGAAGUUAGCAAUACUCCUUUGCUCAAAAAAAAGGGACGUUCACGAUCCAAAGAAAAUAAGUCCAAGACAAAACCAGCAGCUAAUCUGAAUAGAUCUGAAAAGUACAUUAAUCUUUCCACUGCUCCUUUUGGUAACACGCAAUCAGCAGAAAACAAAAAUGCUCAGAUGCAAGAGAAGUUACUGGAUUUCAAGGUUGGUGGACAUGUUCAUGACUUUCCUUUACAAAGCUUGUCUAGAAGCAUUGUAGCACAAGAAGUUUCUGAAAGCCCUACUUCAGUGCCAGACUUUAGUUUGCCGCCAACAGAAGGUGGAUCAAAUAAAGCCAUGGGAGACACAUCCGGGGAAAAAAAGAAAAAAGUAGCAGAGAAAAAGGAGAAAAUGCAAUAUGGUGGAGAAGACAGAAGUCAGAUAAAAGAACAGAUUGAGAAACUUGCUUCUCAGAUUGAUCGAGCUGAGGAUCAUACUUUGCUGUUUAGCACUCAAGAGGCAUGUGCUAGCAUGGAGAGCACAGAGCACAAUGUUGAUGAUGGUGACAUUGAAAAUGAUGUCGAGGGAGACCAUCUUGCUGUUGUUGAACCUCUUUGUGAAGUGAAAACAAGUUUUUCUGAGCACAGUGAAGACCAGCAAAGAGAUAAUAAUGCUCUGAGAGAGCCUGACUUGAGUUUUGACACUCAAAAAAGCAAUGCAUCAGAUUCAAAGAGGAAAGACACAGCAAAAAGAUCUGGAAAGACAGAGAAAGAGGCUUUAUCCAGCGUAACAGAUACUGACAGCAGAGAUUCCUCUGUAAACACAGCAAUAUGUGACACCGGUGGCAUGGCUCUUGCAACACAGCAGUCAUAUGAAAAUUCUCUGUGCAGUAUUGUUUUCCCAUCUCCUGUAGCUGCCAUGUUGCUGCCCAAAUUCAGCUCACCAAGACUGCACACGGCUAGACAGAAUAGGGGCCUGACAUCAACUGUUUCUCCAAAAACAUCAAGACUUAGGGGUCCUGCAGUUGGUAGAAGAAAUGGAGGAAGCCCCCAAGAAGAGAAAGUGGAAUUUGACAGCUUACUUACAGAGAAGGGUAAAGCUCAAUCUUGUUCAUUAAAUCCUUGCACACCCUUGACAGCAACAAGGCAUUCUCAAGCCAGACUUUCUGCGGAAGAAGCAGGCCAUGUUCCUGUUAAAAAUAAAGAUGGUACAGUCUGUUUCGAACAGGAAACCAGUGUCUUGAAUAACCAGAAGGAUGGCAUGGAGGCUGAGCAUCUAGAAUGUCCAGAAAUGCACAGAUCACAUGAUGAGAGAGCAGAUUUGCUACCAGAUGCUCAAAAACUAUUGGUCUCAGAGUUAAACUCAUUGGAAGACAGCUCAGCUCCAUGUUCUUCUGUAUGUGUUACUGAUUCAUUAUCUGUAACUGAUAGACAAGAAUUAGUUGAUGUGAACCAGGGCACUGAUAAAAACAUGGAAGAAGAGAAAGUGGACCAGCGUUCAAAAGAUUGCCAUGCCCUUGAUGACAAGAGGCAAACUAGCAUUAAUCCUGUGGCAAUAGGUAUUGAGUAUGUAAACACAAAGGAGACAGAAAUGACAGAAGACUCCAUUGUUACUUGUAUUGCAGAAUCUUUCGAAAUUGAAGAGCAUAAAGCUGCUGAUAGUGCUAAUAAGAUUUCAGAGGUCCAUGUAGCAGUUUUUGAGAAAAGCCAAAAUUCUGAACAUCUUCAAAAUUUCAACACAGAUCUCCAGGACCGGAAAAACAAAGGUGGUGGUUUGGAAAUGGUGUCUGUGAUUUCACAGUCACCAUUGCAAGAAACCUUAAGUUCUUUUUCAUCAGAAAAUACAGACCCGAGUCAAUCCAUUCUCCAGCCUCCUCAAGCAUUGGGAACAAAGCCUGGUGGUAUGUCAGCUUGCAGAGUAAAAGAAAAUGCAGCAAACAGGCAAGUGAGUGAUAAUGCUACAACUAUCAGCCUAAAUAAUAACACAGCAAACAAACAGCUCAGCCAUCUUUGUGCUGACAGGCAGAAGAGCUGUGAUGACAAAGAUCCGACUGUUCUAAAGUAUAAACUGCAUGGCAGUGAUCCAGAAACAACAGAAAGAAAGAAAAUGAGGUCUGGACAUUGUGGUAAAGAUGGGUCUCCUCAUUCUUUGUUGGAAACAAGACCUUUGAAAGAAACUUCUAACUCUCUGUCCACAGCACUGCAAGCAUCAGAUAUUGAUGAAAUGUCCUUGGUAUUACCUGCAUACAACAGGAAGAGGAAACUUUCAGAAGCAGAUAACUUAGAUCAAACUUUAGCAGAAAGGAUAGACGCACCUUUGAAGCAAAGGUUAGCGAGAAAGGUUUUGGAGUCUCCACUGACUUCCCAAUCAGGGAAAAGUGUUCAUAGUGCUCCAUCACUAGUCACCAAGAUUUCAUCCGAUAGUGAUGAAGACACUUCAUUAAUAAUAAGGCGACCUAAGAGGAAGUGUUUUUCGUUAGAGGGCAGUCCUCUUACUUCAAAGACGCCAUUGGCAACAAGGCGAUAUAAAUCUCGACAUGCAAGAAGAGCUUUGUCAAAGUCAUUUUGUCUGGACUCUGAGCAUGAUGAAAUUAACAUGGGAAAACCUGGAGUGAAAGAAAGAAACUCAGUUGUUCAAACUGAUUAUGAAAACAAAAUUGUCACGGAUUCAGAUCUCGAAGCAUGUGCUGCUGAUAGUGAUAUGAAAAUGGGAGAGGCAAAUGUAGCUGAUUGCUCAGAAAAGUGUGUAAAUGUGUGUUCAGCUUCAUCAAACUUGACAGUGGAGUUUAUCAUUGGCAAGGCUGUUGAAUCCACCUCAGUAUUGUCUGGAGAGUGCAAAGAUGUUCUUGCUAAUUCUGACAAGACACCCAUCCUAAUUGGUGAAGAAAGCAUUACGACCAAAACUACUGAAAAGAAAGACAACAAUGGGGCAGAGAAGGAAGACCAUUCACUUAGUUGUACAAAUGACAAACCAAAAUGCAGAAGACGAACUAAAAGAGGUCUUGCUACGGUGGAAAAUGCUGAUAUUACAAUGUCGCUUGUUCGUGGAUUUAAAAGCCCUGUGGCUAAUCAAUGUGGGACAAACAGUGAUUGUGUUGCAUAUAGAUCACCAGGCAACAUUGCAUCCUUUAAACCAAACAUUCUAGAGCAGGAAAUCUCUUUUUCUGUUGAGAAGGUUGCAGAACCAACUGCUGCCUCCAAAAAGUACAACAGUUUGAACAAUCUUUCAUAUAUUGAUAAUCUUCAGGUGGAAGAUAAUGAGGAAAGUUUGUAUUCUAUUGAUAAGGUUGUUAAAGCUGCUUGUGAGCCAUCUGUAAAUACUGAACAGUACAUCAAUGAUUUGCAGAACUCAUUUUCUCGGAAAGAGGCUUCCCUCAAAACAGUAAAUAAUGCCUCUAUACCUCCAGCAGAUUUUGAUCUUGGCUACAGUAACUUGGAUGGAGAAAUGUUGGAUUUAAAUGAUAAACAUACGAAUGAUGAAGAAAAUGAUAAAAUAUCUGGUGACAGUUUCACACCAGAAAGCCAGAGAUAUAAAGGAGAUCAGGGGAUAAGCCAUUUGGAGGUGCAACAAACACAGACAGAAAAGUCUGAAGAGGAGACUUUCACCUUGACUGUCCAGAGAAAAUGUCCAGUAGCCACUGAAAGUUAUGGAGAGUCUGAUGAUGAUGAGGUGGUGUGUGUGAAGAAGAGGAAGCAUUUUGCCUUACUUUCAGACAGUGACAGUCAGUCUUCAGAUGAAUAUUCUAAUGAAGAGGAACUGAGUUGCCAGUUGUCCUCCAGCGCAUUGUCAAGUCAGAGUGAAAUUCUAACCACACAGCAACAGCAGGCUCUAGAGGCCGAUUUGGAUCAGCUGAGACAAAAGAUUGCCAGAGAGGAGGCUAAACUUCAUAUGCUUCAGCAUGAUGAUUUACUCACACCUGAUAUCUGCACACAAAGUCUCAAGUCUCUUUCUGAUGGGCAAAGACUUUUGGAGUCAUGUGCUCCUUUGCAGGAUUCUUCCAUGCAACCUGAUGUUGUGCAGGAGCCAAAGGAGUCCGAAGAUGAAAAAGAGGAUGAGAAUGUUGUUGACAGAAAUUUGGUUUGGGAACCUGUACUGUCCCCUCAACCUCAUGCAUCACUUUGUGAGCAAAGUAACGAGAUUGUUGACAGCAAUGAUGAAAGCAAUGAGUUAUUCCCAAGCCCACUGUCACCCAGCCCACCUCCGAUCAUCAAACCUUCACUGGCACGUAAAGACACUGCCAUCCUGUCUCGGUCUAUCUUUGACAUGGAUGUCUCGGAAGUGAGAUCUUUGACAAAAAUGACAAAGUUCAGGCAGUUGGAGUUUGUAUCAGAUAGAGCUGUAGACAUUCCACUAAAGAAGAGUGACGAAGAUAUGUAUGCUGAUAUUCAAGACUCUCAAGAUUCUGAGGUCCUAGUAACCAAAGCCUCCAGAAUAACUCCAGAAUCACAAGCAUCUAUACCUCCUAAAGCUGAAACACUGAAAUGUCAACAUUCUUCACCAAGUUUUCAAGAAACACUUGCAAGUAUACAGAGUGGGCAGACAGUUCAGUUCCUCCCAAAGUCUCCAAGCCCUGUGGAGAUAUUGCCACAUCUUUCUGAUGUCUGUAUCCAGGACAGGAAAAAUACCCCAACCAGUGUAAAAGUGGCUGAUUCACAUUGCUCUGUACUAUCUCUAGAGGGGAAUGAAUGUGAUGAGCUGGAAAGGGAUGAAAACAGCAGCAGCAGUGAUGACAGUUUGCCUGACAGCAAAGAGGAAAAUAAGGGUGAAGAUGAUGUUCAUCAUUGUCAUAGCUUUGAGGAUGAACCAAAAUGGAAACGGAAGAGUAUGGGAUUUGUUGCUUCUGGUCUGACCCCUGAGAAGUUGUCUUUGUUGCGAAAUCUGGCAGAAAAUUAUGAAUGCAAGGUCUAUGCCAAGUUCAAUGACUGUGUCACACAUGUCAUCAUGAAAGCACAUGAUGACCCUGCUAUUCGAAUAUGUGAGCGAACCCUGAAAUAUUUUCAGGGUGUUGCAGGAAGAUGUUGGGUGCUAAGCUUUGCCUGGGUGCAGGAUUGUUUGAGCAAAGGCCAUCUUUUGCCUGAGGCAGAUUACGAGAUAGAAGGAGACACUGUUAAAGGAGAAGCCCACUUUGGUCCCAGAAUAUCCCGCCUUGCAACUAAACCUCUAUUGAAGGGAUUUUCUUUUGCAUGUGUUGGUUCCAGUCCUGACAUGACGAAAAAGGAGAUGAGACAGCUGUUGCAGAUGAGUGGGGCAGAGGUUGUUGAAGACCCAUGGUAUCUGGCAAAACACCCGGCUAAAGACAAACUGGUGCUGCGGUGUAUUGACUCUGAGGCCCAGCCAGUGACACCUGCUGAAACGGAACUUUUCAAUGGUCAGUACAAGCAUAACAAAGUUGUGACAGUUAAACGAGAGUGGCUUCUUGACUCCAUUGGCACACAGCAGUUGCAACCCUUGAAGUUUUACAUCUGCAUCACUGGCAAAAAUCUGAAGCUUCCCUUUUGAGCCCUUUUUUUAGUCAUCAUAACUAUCAUUAUUUCUACCGAUGAUAGUAGAUAAUACAUAAUGUAAAUAAUGUUGCUUAUUAAUUUUCAAAGAUUGCUUUAGUACCAGCAGAUUUUAUGUAAUCUGAAAAUGUUUACAUGGGCUGUUUGGCAACAGAGGUUCUUGCUUUUCUUUUAUUUAUUUAUAAAGUUAUUCAUGCUUAAAAAAAAGGCAAAUUAUUAUUGUAAUUGUGUCAUAAAUUUAACUGCCAUUAAUUCGUUUUGUUUCUGUGUGCCUAAAAUCUAAUGUUGACAUUAUGCUAGCUAAAAGAAUGUUGUAUCCAUAAAAAUGGAUUGCAUGAACUAUUUCAAUACCUAUUUACAACCUUUCUUUCUUUUAGCUGCUGUGCUUUGUAUUUUGGGGUUUUCUUUUUAGGAAGGGGAGAUGGGGAUGAGUAACUUACGAAAAGGGGAGUAUAUAAUAUUUUGGUUUUAUUGGAAUUAUGUAUAUAUGUAAAAAAUAUGCAUUGAUUGUGGUAGUGGAAGUUAUUUCUUACAUUUUGAAUAAAAUAAGCAUUUCAAUGAAAAUAACAUUUUAUCUUGCAUUGUAUCAAAAUGAUCAGUAAUUUUAGUUUCCAUUUAUUAUUGAUUAACGCAGGGCUUAUUGGUUUCACUUUUCAUAGGAUGUAAGUCUUCAUGGGGAUAAUUCCUAAUUUGUGAAAGAACAAAAGAAAAAAUUUACACGGGGAGGUAACAAAGACGAUGGAAUAGGACUAUUGUACCAGUGGUUACUUCCCUUGGUCAACUAGUUCACCACAAGAUUCCGACGGCUCGUUUUAUGAACAUUUUUAAGUAAACAUAUUGUUGACUAAGUUUAGCAGGUUUAUGCUUGAUAGUUUUAUGGAACAUUUACCAUAGUCAAACAUUUGAUAUCCAGUUAAGAAGCCUUUUAAAGGCGUGGAUAUUAAAGUGCUGUUGCAUAAAAUUAUAAAAAAAAAAAAAACCGGAUUGCCCCAAAACAAGCGUCAAAAUAAAUUUUUCAGCAUGCA